AUCCCUUCUUUUUUUAUUGAUUUUUAUGACGAUAUCGGAAAAGCACCGCAGAAAGCGGCGGAAGCAUUCGCACGGGAAGCGAAAUACGGUACCGAUUGAUAGGCUCACCGAUUUGCCGGACUCAGUGAUAUGUCAUAUCCUCUCUUUUCUUUCAACUCAGGAAUCCGUGGCGACCAGCAUUCUAAGUAGAAGAUGGAGGUAUCUCUGGUCUUACGUCCCCAAUUUACUUUUCCGCAACGAGAAUCAAGGUACCAUAGAUAGGGUUAUAUCGCUACACAAACUGCAAACCAUCAAUAGUUUCAGCAUUCGUAAGGAUGAUUGGGAAAACGAUCAACUCGACUCGCUGGAUGCAUUUGCUGCCUUUGCCGUCGGGCGAAAUGUGCAAAAAAUUGAUCUUUAUUUUUAUUGUGAAGAACCUCUGCCUCGAUGUCUCUUCACCUGCAAAACCCUUGUUUUUCUGAGCCUCAAUUGUUGCGGUCUUGUCGUCGUAAGUAGUGUCGCGUGCUUGCCUCGACUCAAGAUUCUUCGUCUAAUGAAUCUUGAUUAUGAGGCCGAUGAGUGCAUCCCCAACCUGAUUUCUGGUUGUCCGGUGCUCGAGGAAUUGACAAUCAAAUCAGACGGUGAUAUGGAUUAUUGUAAUGUAUCUUCACCUACCAUAAAAAAGCUCUUUCUCGAUUAUCAUGGUGGUAGAGCUAACAUGCUGGAGAUAAAUAUCCCUUCACUUGAGUAUCUCAAGAUACACGAUUCUUUCACAGAGAAUAUCAAAUGUGGGGUGCUAACCUCCUUAACUGAAGCAAAUAUCAUCCUUUACAGAGACGACACGAAAGAAGACCAUUAUCUUUGUUCGAGAUCUCUGCUGGAAUUUCUUGAUAAUUUUUGCAAAGUCAGGUGUCUUGAAUUGAAUUUAGCAUAUUGUACCAAGAUUAUUGACUCAGUACUCUCGACUUGGACUACAAAAUUUCAUAACUUGACCAAACUUGAAUUGACUACCGAUUGCCGUUUUCUCCCAAAGUUCCUCGAAAAUGCUGAUAAUCUUGAAAUCCUUAUUUUCUCUGAGUCUAAUGAAGAAAUGAAAUACUGGAAGGAACCACCGCAACAAGUGCCCACAUGUGUAUUAUCACACCUUAGAAUUAUAAAGCUUGUUUGGAUCUGCGGUAACGAGCAGGAGCUUGAGAUUAUAAAAUAUCUUUUAAGGAAUGCUAAAGUCUUGGAGAUGAUGGAAAUAACAUAUUCCCAAUUCCUUGAUUCCGGCAAAAUAGUUAAUAUGCUCACGAAUAUCUCACGUUUUCAACGAGGAUCCGCUGCAUGUGAAGUUGCAUUUUUUCCUGCAUAACUAUCUGUCGUAAAUUCCCUAUUAUGUCUAUUCUCUAAACAAGCAUUAUUGCUUCAUAAUUAAUUUAUGCACUCGGGCCUUGAAAACUUUUUUAUCAGUAUUGCGCCGUACAAUCUUUACUUUCAGUUUUUGUUACUACUAUGUCAUAAAAGAGGAUGUAACUUUUUUAUCAGUAUUGCGACGUAUCAAUCAUUGACUGAGGUUUGUAGCUGGAAGUGUUGCAAGGUUUGUUGUUCUGCGAUUUUGAAGCUCGUCUUAAGUUAUAAAGUCUUGCUGCCUUGUAUAUUAAACAUGCAAAUGUUCCUUUAACUUUUAUCCAAUAAAUCUUGAAUUUGGCUUCCUUUACAUUCCCUUUUUUCUUACAUGUAAUAACUCAAUUAGUUCAUCAAUUUUGACUUGCUUUACAUUACCUUCGCUUUCUUUCUUCUUUUUUGUACAGAAUAAAUCAGUUCAAAAACUUUUUUAUGAACAUUUAUGAUUCAUUAGAGUUUUUUCUUUAACUACCUGUUACUAUUAUUCAUUUGAAAUAUUGCCUGUUAAUGCCCAAAAAAGGAAAGGGGAAAGGGUGAAAAUGAAUAGCAAUAAACACAGAUAUAACGCACACAGGAAUAUAAAUCAACUACGGUUAAGUGCACUUUGCUGCCCAAUUUUUUUUUUUUCUUUUGUUCUUUUUUCCUG